GCUCGCCAUCAACUGUCGGCUGCAGAGGAGUCAUCAUGGCAUCACUGGUACUACGAGUUUUAGCCUUAACUCUAGGCCUUUUCUUUGUAUUUGUUGGCACAAUAAAACUUACUCCUUCGGUGAACACGGAGAUCUACAAAGAAAUGCGCAAGACAUUCAUAAGAAAAUCAAAAGUAUUUCCUUUAAUAAAGCAGACUGGGUGGAAGCCAAACCCUCAUACAUAUCGCAAAGCAGUUGGAACAGCUGAAGUUUGUUUUGGUGCAGUUUUGGCAUUUGUACCAGGAGCUCUGAAAGAGGUUUCAAAUGUUUUUUUGUUGGGUAUAAUGCUCAAUGACAUUUAUGCUCAUUAUGCAUUGGAUGAAGGCCUUGAGAAGAUGAGUCCAAGCAUUGUCUUUGCCUUGCUGCUAACCUGUCGCCUGAUAAUUUACUUGCAGACUUUGGCUGCGGAACCUAAAUCAGUUUUUGACAAAAAACAGCGGCUUGACACAUCAGUCAAAAAGGAACAGUGACAUUUGUUUUUGUUGGUCAGAGGUGGAGACAGUCUAGAACUCCCUACAUUAGGUUUACCAUUUAUUUAUAUUUUCUCAGACUAGGAAAAAAAGUCUUUGUUGAAAAUUUCUUAAAAAUGCAGCAUAUUCUGUAAUUACCCUCCUUGUCUUCCUCAGAUUUUACCAGUUUUGUUAUCAUUUUUACCUCACUGUAGACAUACCAUCAUGUGACAUCUGCCUUUUAGAAACUGUGAAUGUGUGCAUGAAUCAACAUUAAGCAUUAUUUUGGCAACUCAAAAAGAUAAAAAAUGUCAAAAUGUUAUUUAUGUGCUAAUGGCUAAAGACAUUUGAGAUCUUUGACCAAACCAACAUUGGGCUGUAUAAGGCAAAGAGAAAAAUUAUGACAAGGUAAGUGGGGAUAUCUUUUUGGCUUUUUUGUUUAGAUUUUCUUGGGUGGAGAUUGGGUUGGAUGUGGGUGAUUUUCUUGUUGAACUUGCAGAUUGAUCAUGGAUAGUAUUCGUUUCUUCCUGCUUGGUUAGAAUGGAGUGCAGAUAAGUAAGCAUUGAUGAGGAAGAUCAAUUUUUUUUCUUUUAAAGGGGUCUUAUUAAUAAACUUUAAACAAAUAAAGGUACUUUUUUUUCUUUUCUUGUAGGGAUAUGAAGGCUAUUGUUGCCCUGUAUCAAACUGAUGAUUUUAUAAUUUGAAGAGAUAUUGUCAGAGAAAGCUUAAAAAGGCAUUUGUUUAAGCAGAGUGGCUGUAUGAAAAUAUCAUCCAAACCAUUGACGGAUAAGUUCAGGGUCUAAUUUCUUUCUCCUUGCUUCUGCCAUCAACUUUAGAAAUGGGAUCCAAGACAUUUCAAGUGAAAGUUGCAUGACAAAGUGAGUACUAACUUAGGCCAGUGGGCUGCAAACAGCAAAAAGUGGAGGACUUCUGGAGAGUUUGAAAUGAAAAUGCAAGGAUGCUUAGAUUUCUCAUUAGUGUUGUUAUAUUUCUGGAGGAUCCAUUUAAGUAUUAAGCUGUUGAUCUCUUUUUUGAAAUUGACUAUUUGUAUGUUGCUAAACAAUUGCAUUUUAUUUUCCAUUGUGUUCUUGGGAAAUAUUUGAUAGUUUUUAUUUUAUGUUGAUUGUAUUGACAUUGUUCAUGACCAUAAAGAUCGACAGCACAAUCACAUCCAGCACUUAAAAACUGUUAUCCUGUGCUUCAAUGGCUUACAAUACACUUUGUAUAUGCGUGUGUGCGUGUCCAUAGGUUUGCACAUUUCCAUGCCUGUUUGCUUGUAAAGCAUUUCUUAAGAUAUCAUGGUCAUCCACCUCAGAAUUUUCAUCCUGACUCUUUCUGUUUUAUCAGUUUUUAUCCAUUGAUGGGAUAGUGGGAGUUUCAUUGACGUCAUUUAACCUGGGAAGCCAUAGAUCAUGUGUAUGGAACAUAUGGCCCGCAGACCGUGUAAGGCUGUGAAAACAUUUGCUCUGGCCUGGCCAAGGUAACCGCGGAUAGGACUUCAAUAUUCAAUAAAUCUAGGAGCUUUUUUCAUAGUGACAUAGUUUUAUAUUAAGUGAAUGUAAAUUUUCAAGGACAAUCAAGUUAUGCAUAUUACAGGAUAGACAGGACACUUACAAGUACAUGACGGAACAGACACCUAUGUCUCUUGUCAGCUGCUUGCCUGUAUUGCGGUGACUCAGAGGACCGUCAGCUCUGGGCAGACUGGGAGUGUACAUGUUGCACAAGUGUUAACACUGUGGCCUACAACUUGACCAAAUAUAGUAACUAAUUUUUAAAUUGAUAAUAUUGUAUGGCCUGUGAAUGAUGUUACAAAUAUCCAAAUGACCCUAGGCAGAAAAAAGGAUCCCCAGCUCUGCUGUAGAGAAUGAUUACAAAGUAGUUGGAAUCUUAAUUUUUCCACUGUUGUUUAUAGUUAAACCUAUACAUUAUUCAUGUUGUAAGUAGUAAAAGAACAAGAAGAUCACUGGUCUUUCAUCUGCAUUUAGGGUGAAGGCUUACUUAAAGCUAGAAUAGCAGAAAGAUUUGUUGUAAAGUUCUUAUAAAUGCUGCAUUCAGUUACCUCUGGAAAUUUACAAUCAAGAUAACUGUAAGCAUACUAGUGAUGUAAUAAGCUAUCCUAUUGUCUGGACAUUAAUUUACAAAUAGAGGUCUUUCACCCACUUUUGAGAUUCAUUUGUAGCAUUUUGAGAGUACUAUCACCUUCCCCUAAAAGAAAUGCUAUACCCUGUAAAAGAUAAAAUUUUGAUGCAUCUUAGUUAUGUGUAGCCUCAUCCUUUCAGAAAAACAAAUUUCAACAACAAAGUAUAAGCGAUUAAAAUGUGUUUUUGUUUUUUAUAGGCAGUAUGCAUUGAAUAGGGUAAAGGACACUGCAUAAGUCCUAGCUUCUAUAUCAGGUUUGGUAAUGCAAGGAAUGGUUGACUAAAGAUUUGUUCUUAAUGAACGUUUGCUUGAUUUUCGUGAAAAAAUGUAAAGCAUUUGGGAUGAAGUUUUGUUGAUAUACACCGAUUGUUAUCACGCCACUGCCAGUGAUUGAAUGUUUUUGUUUCCAUCGUUCUUUGAAGUUUAAGGUGAUGUUGAAUAUUUUUAGUUUGCUUUUUACAGUUACAUUUAGAUGUUUGUAGAUAUCUUAAUGAGCAUGUUGGUUUAUGCUGAGUGUUAGGAACAAGAAUAAUGUGAAGACUGAAAAAGAGAACAAAAAGGGAUGGCUUACGUUUUUCCAAACUGCAAUAUUCUGGUCAAAGAAACAUUGCUUCAAUAAUUGUAUUUUAAACAACGAAAUUAUUUCUUGUUGCUCAUGCAGCUGGGGUCUCUUUCUUUUGUCACUAUUGUCUGAAUUUUUUCCAAGUACCCUUUUGGUUAGAAUCAGACUUACUAUUAUUGUUAAAGAAGUUGUUUUCAAGAUAUGUAAAGAACUGCUCUGAAUGGUAAGCAUUCAGGAUAGAUAAAUGCUCCUCUAAAAUCAGACACGUUUUUUGCCUCGUUCACUGAUGCCUCAGAUGCUGUUUGUAAAGCUGUUCAGCAAAUUGAUGUGCAUAAUAGUCUGAAGUUGUUCCGGACAACGCUUUUUGUUUCCAAGGUGAUGCCUUUUGUUUUUGCAUAAUACUGAUAUCUGUGGGACUGCUGGCACAAGCACUGAUGGCAGUGGAAAGGGUCUAAUUUGUGUUUAUCCUGAUACAUACAUGAUCUUUAAUCUUGUAUCAUUACUUUUUUUUGUGGACAAAGACCUACCUACGCACAUUAAUGGUUCACACACAUAAAUUCUGUUUGUCCCUUUUCCUCAAAUAAUGCAUGUACAUUAAAUUCACCAACUGUAAGCUGGCUACAAAUAUUUAAACUUUUUUUUUUUUAAAUUUCAUGAUCAAACACUUGUUAAGAGUAAAAGCAUUGAAAGAAAGUUUGUUUUUUGAAAGGAAGUCUAUGUUUCCAGCAUAUUUUUUGUGUUUAUUUUACAAAAUAUAAAGACUUUUAAAAAUAAAGUUGACUAAAAGGUUACUUUUUUAUAUUUGAAUUAGAUUGUAGUAAAUAAGGGUUCUUACAGAAUUGGAAGCUGAAAUGAGAUAAAAUUAUGUGCAUGCAUGCAUGCUUGCAUACUUUAAAAGAUAAAAAUACAUUGGGAUCUAUGUAUAUAUAUGGUUUCUCAUUGAGAUCAUUUUUUCAGUUAGGUAAUUUCCUCUUUCAUGAUGCCGAUCAGAGCAUAAAUUUUAACUUUAUCACUGAUUAUGAAAGUUUGAAUAAAUAGUGUCCUUAAAGUAUAUUUUACAGAAAAAGUGGGUGAACAAGCAGUCUUAUCCCAGCUAAUACAAGAGUUAAUUCAUUUUAGUUUGCAUGUCCAUGAAUUACUUUCCCAGUUCAUGUGACAAAAUAAUUUGUUUCAUUUUCUGUGGAAUAUCAGAUUCAAAUGCAAAAUGAUUUACAAAGCCAAAUGACAUAACUAUGGAAAAUUAAUCAUUGUUACCAGGGAAGGCAGUGGACUUUAAAUGCUAAACAAAGAGCUAACAACUUUUGCUCUUAACAAAGCUAUUAAAGAUGUUGAAUUUAUUGGUUGCUAGGCCUGACUAUACUGAUAUACUGACUAUACUAUACUAGACUAUACUGAUCGAUGUCAGUAUUCUUUUAAAAAAGAAUUUUCCUUAUAUUUAGGUGGGGUUUUUGUUACAUUUAGCCAUCAACAAAUGCUAGUUUAACAACAAUGGAUUGAAGAGGGUUGCACACUGCAUCACGAAUGAGAUGUUUCACCCAACAUAUUCAUGCUGGCUUUUAGUCAAUACUGGCUUUGAUUAGAUCCUUCACUUUUCCUUAGAAAAUGUAAACUGCAAGUGGACUAGAACAAUUGCUUUCUAAACAUUUCUGAUAAUUGAAGUGUUAGACAUGGUCAAUAGGAUUUUGAAGUAAUAUGAUAUUGGGAAGACUGGAAAAGUGCACUGUAAUUUGGUGGCAGAGGGAUUUGGCUAAAAGAAACUUGUUAGACAUUUGAUUAGAAUUUAUAAACAUGAAGGAGAGAUGAUUUUAUAAAACCAUUUUAUUGAAACUGCUGUUUUGGCUGUUGUCACAAAGGAAAGCUUGUUGAGUUAUUGUUAAAAUGUACUGCUACAUUUUGUUUGAUUCCAGCAUUGAUUAGGAAAGUGCAGGUACAUUUAAUUUUGCUCUUGGUAGUACCAUCUAAAAAUGCUGUAGACAUUAAUAAAUAUAGGAAGAAUGGGCUGCAGCCUUUAGCUGAUUUGUCUGCUGCUAGUGUGACUGCUGUUGUAUUUUUUUCAUUUUAUCAUAAUGUACAAUUAUUCACAUCAUACAGUUUAUCUGCAUACAUUUAAAUGUAUGGUGGUGGUAAUGCUGGCACUCAUCAUCAAUGCUGUGUUUUCUUUUUAAAGCUUGACGUUAUCAAUCUAUGAUCUUUGUGUUCUGAGUUUUUAUGAAGGAAUCUGUGCAGUUUACAGAUACUGUAUGUAAUAGGUGUUGUGAGCAUGUGUUGCAUGCUUUGGUGUGAUUUUGCUCAGUGUUUUUAUCUUAUGUCAGUUGUAGUUUAAUUUGCUGAUGGUGUUUGUAGGAGAGAUCUUAUCUCUUUACCUGUUCAUCUUUUUAUAUAUUGGAAUGUUUGAGGUGUAGAUUAUGCUGCUGUUGCAAUGUAAACAUUUUCUGAUAAUGUUACCAGAGUGGUUUUUUUUAUGAUAAGAAUUCUAUACUGAGGGAUGUUUUUUUUUGUGUGUGUGCUUGUGUAUGCUAGUCUCAAAACAAAAUGGUGGUGUUUUUUUUAACAGAUAUAAAAAGUUUCAGGCUUUUAUACAUAUUUUAAUUUUUUGUUUGAUAAAGCCUUUGUUUAUUCUCCUUACAUACCUAGACCUUACUUGGGCACUGCUACUACCUCCACUAAGAAAAUAAAUUCUUGGUUUUCAGGUCUAGAUGCACAACACAUCACAAGGUACAAGCAAUGAUUAACUCAAAGAAGUCUAUAAACUGAACAUUUUUUGUGAGCGUAUUAGCUGACAACCUUACAUUAACCACCCUGGUAGAGCCUAGUGAUGUGUUGUGCACCUAGCCCCAGGACAGCGAGAACAGCAGUGCGAACAUUCUCUUAUUAUUCAGAUCAACAGAUUUUCACUUACUCUUCCAGGCAGAUAAUAGGUACACUUUUAGAUUUUAAUUUAAGUUGAAAUCUUUCCAGAUGACUGGUUUCAGAUUGUUACAGUGAGAUUUUUCUCUCCAAAAGUGUAUUAACUAUGCCAUUCAGUUUGCAAGAUCCUGGCUUUUCAAUGUUGAAACACUUUCUACACAGAAAGGAGUUUUCAGGUUAAAAACUGGUAUUCUGUUGAGCAGUGACAAGUUGAGUAUGGCCAAUGUAUUCAGUCAACAGAAAACCAAUUAUAAUUAUAUAUAAUGUAACAACUUUCAGUUUCAUAGAGAAGAAAUUAUUAAAACAACAAUGCUAGGAUUAUAAAGACAGUGACAAAAUUUUCUGUCCCAAGUAGUUUUUAAUCAGUGCUUUUGUAGCCACUAGGACUAGAAUGCAAAUUAAUGCUAUCAGAUCUGAAAACCAUACGCACAAAUCUGGAAUACAUAUGACUUUAACAUGUGUAAAUUCUAUUUAAUAUCUCCUGAUAUUUUUAGUACAAGAAGGUAUAUUGACUGCUGUAAAUGAUCUCAGCUUCACACAUUUGCAUCAAAGACCCUUUUUACUUACUUUAGAUGUGAUACCUGAACUUGGCACAUUAAGAUGAAGAACUUGUUUAAUUACUAGGAAAAUCAAAAGCCAAUCAAUACAUAAUAACUAUGUUGACUUCACCUAUGUUUGUAUUUAAAACUGCAUUGUAUUAUUAUAUCUUGGUAGCGGAAUGUGGAAUUGUAUUUUCUUUCUUUCACAUUCUCUCCAACUGUUGACUGUUGGGCACUUAAAUGAUAGCAUUGGUUUAAUUAUUUUUUGGUAUAUUUAUAUUGAUCAUCUUUGUAAUUAGUAUAACUAUUUAUAUUGAAUGUAUCCACAAUAGUGAAAUUUAAUGUCUCAAUUCAACAGCUUUCAGGUGGUCAGGGUUGUGAAUGGUCACAGAGUGCUGAUGAUAAUAUAUGCAGCUCCAGGUUCGGUAUAAAGAUUGUGCUAGAUGAAUUGCAUACAGCAUUAAAAAAAAGAGCAUGUAAAACAGCAUGAUUGACAGUCAUAGAAUGACAGCUUGAUUAAAAUGUGUUAGUGAUAUAUUUAUAGAUUAAUUUAGAUUUUCCUGAUUGUUAGUUCAUCUGCAUUUCUUUUGUAUGUUUGAAUAAAUGGUUUCACUUCAAAAAAA